AUGUCUUAUCUUGAAGCUUUUCCAACAUGUACAAAGGUGAAAAGAUGUGUACAGUCAGUCUGCUCAGAAACAUUCGAAAAAGAUUUGAAAUAUCCCCGCCUGUUGGAUAAAUCAAGAAAUAAUAUAAUCCAUACUCCAUCAUUAUGCGAUGUUAGUUACAGUUCAACAAACCGUUUAAAUGAAUUUGAAAAUGCCAACAAUCCUUCAUGUAGUCAUGAUCGACUUGCUCAGUUAUCCGCUUUAAUUGAUCAAUGUUCACAUGGCGAAUUGUUGCAUAUAAAAAAAACUAUAAAACCAUUGUUGAAACGAGAUUUUAUUGCAUAUUUACCUGUUGAAAUUUCUUUACAUAUCUUACAAUAUUUAUCACCUCGAGACAUAUUUCAUUGCGCCCAAGUUUCCAAGACUUGGCAACUUGUUUGUGAUGAUAAUUUGCUUUGGUAUCGUUUGUGUGUAGGUGCUGGAUUGUUUAACACAUUAUUCAACAAAUCCACAAUGAACUUAUAUUCAGGUACCCAUCUGGAUUGUCUUUUAUGUGUAAAUAAACCUACAAAUUCACUUUGUAAUGAGACAAAAUCCCUUUUUGAAAGCUCUAUCAUCAAUAAUAGUAAUAUCACUGAUGAUGGUGACAAUUUUAAGGUACAUGAUUGUGAUGUGUCCAUGAAAAGUGAUCAUAUUCAAUCUUUUGACACUGAUAAUGAAUCAACUUUUGCAUUAUCUUAUUCUGGUAAUCCUUCAAAUUCUUUUAAUUUGAGUGAGGUCAAUUGGAAGUCUUUAUAUCGUCAAGAUUUACAUACUCAGUGCAAUUGGAGAAAUGGUGGACCAUGGCAUCCUAUCAUUGUACCAGCUCAUCAUAAUCAUGUCAUCACUUGUUUAGAAGUAUAUGAAGAAUGGGUAAUCACUGGGUCAGAUGAUUCAAGUAUCUGUAUAUGGGAUAUUAAUACUGGACAGUGUUUAAUUAAUUUAUUCGGUCACCUUGGUGGUGUUUGGUCAAUGACUGUUAUACCACGUCAAUUGUUAUUUCUGUCAGAGCAAAAACAAUUAUCUCAGCAUCCUUUACUUAUAUCUGGUAGUUGUGAUCGAACAGCUCGUGUAUGGCAAUUAGAUGGUCAACAUUGGCCUUGUGUAGCCACGUUGUUUGGACAUCAAUCAACUGUUCGAUGUUUAGCUAGUCAAAAGUUACAUUCUAGUCCAAAAUUUGUUGUUACCAAUUCGAACAGUUAUCAUCGUUCCACAGUUGUAUAUACUAAUGAUAAUAGUAAUAGUAUUGAUGAUAAUACUUCUAAUUCUACUAUUAAUAAUGAUAAUGACGAUGAUGGUGUCGGAGAUGAUGAUUCAGAUAAAGAAUUAACUCACAAUAUAUUUCAUAAACAACAAACCAAUUCUAGUCAUGAAAGCACGCAAAAAACAACUUCCAAUAUUCAUCAGGCCAACAGUAGUAGCAGUGACGGUAGUAGUAAAUUGUUUCAUCCAAUUCUAUCAAACAAUGAGUCUAUUUCGACGUUUAAAAUGGAGAAACAACAGCAAACUUUUCAAACUGGUCACUUAGUUGUUACAGGUAGUCGUGAUACAACUUUACGUCUAUGGAAUGUAUUAACUGGUGAAUGUAUACAAGAAUUCCGAGGUCAUCGUGGAGCAAUACGUUGUGUUCAGUUUACUGGUGAUCAAAUUGUUUCAGGUAGCUAUGAUUGUACAAUUCGUUUAUGGUGUGCAUUACAAGGUCAUUGUCUACGUGUUUUCAGUGCACAUACAAAUCGUGUUUACACAUUAUUAUUUGAUGGUUAUCAUAUUAUCAGUGGUUCAUUGGAUACGACUAUACGUAUAUGGAAUGCAUAUACUGGUGAAUUGAAACAAACUUUCUAUGGUCAUCGUUCAUUAACAAGUGAAUUAGCAUUUGGGUCUGAACAAAAUAUUCUUGUGUCAAGUAAUGCCGAUGAAACAAUACGAGUUUGGCAUAUGAAUAGUGGAAAGUGUGUACAUGUUCUUGCUGAUAAACUUGUUUCGACACAAAAAGUUAGUAAAGCAGCUCGUCGUCGUGAAAAACGAGCUGCUCUUCAACAUGCUCAACAGACAGCUGCUUUAAUGAAUAUACAAACAGAUAGAUCUAAUAGUCUUCGAUCUGUUGAAAUGAAAAAGUUAGAAAAAGAACUUUCAGCCCGUCACCUAUGUUUAUUUGAAGUUCCUUCAGAUGGAGAUUGCCUUUAUCAGUCAAUUGGGCAUCAAUUAAAAAUUCGGAAUUAUCCAUUACACACAUUAAUAGGAGAGAUUGAAAUGUCUAAUCCAGAAAUUCUUAAUGAUAUUACUACCGAUCUGACAAUGAAACAAGUAGUGAAAAUUUUGCGUCAUCUUGCAUCGUAUCACAUUCGCAAAAAUAUGGAUGAUUUCCUACCAUUUUUGUUCAACCCAGAUUCUGGAGAGCCAAUGAGUAUAGCUAAUUUUGAACAAUAUUGUGACAAUAUAGAAAAAACAUCAACGUGGGGUGGACAAAUUGAACAGAUCCGCGCCUUAUCUACAAUGCUUCAACUUCCUAUUGAAAUAUUACAAGCUGAAGGAGUCCCAUUAAUUAUUGGAGAAGAGUUUUCUGAAAAGCCACCAAUCACUAUUGUAUACCACCGUUACGCGUUCGCGCUCGGUGAACACUACAAUUCCUGUUUAAAGAAGCACGAAUUUCAAUGA